GCUUUCUUUUUCCUCUCUCCCUCAAAUCAAAUUUUCCAGCUUGAAAAAAAAAAUAUCUUCUUCUGUGUUUUUUCCGAUUCGGUUUCGGUUUAAAGGUUCUUCUUUAUAGUCUGUGUAGUGAUUUUGACUUUGGUCCUUAUGCUCUGAUCGAAAGCCUCUCACUUCACAGUCUUCUUCUCGAUAUAUCGAUUAAAGGAACCGACUUUGAUUGAUUCGAUGGCUGGAUUGACUCCAUCGUCUUCGACCUCAGGGAUCUUCUUCCAAGGAGGAGGAGGAGGAGACGAUGAAUCGCAAGGCUUCAUGAACUCUCACUUCACUUCCUCUAACUCCCUCCCUGGAUGCGGCUACCACCACCAAAGCCUCAGCGAGAUGCACAACAACAACCCCGCCGCUAUGAUGAGCGUCUCCACCCCCGGAGCUAGCUCCAUGGUCACAGACGCCAACUCAGGAGGAGGAGGUGGUCCUCUCUUGCAGCGUAGCGCUAGCAUCAACAACGAGUCUUACAUGCGUCUCCCCGCCUCCCCGCUGUCUUUCUCCUCUUCCUCCGUCGCCGACGGGUCCACCGUCGUGCAGCGGCCUCACCCGCCUCCCCCUCACCACGAUCCCGGGCGAGGAGGAGGAGGAGGAUCCAGCGCCACUUCUCGGCGUGGCGCGGCCUCUGAGGGUUACUUUCAGGACCCGACGCAGGCGAGGAAGAAGCCGAGAGUGGAGACUAAACAGGACGACGCGCUCCAGCAGCAGAUUUUGAGGCAGUGGCUUCAGAGGCAGGAGCUGCUGCAUCAACAGCAGCAGGGGCAGAACCCUCAGCUACAGCUUUUGCUUCAGCAGCAGAAGAUGAGGCAGCAGCAGCAGCAGUUCCUCCAGUCCUUGCCGCCUCUGCAGCGGAUUCAGCUCCAGCAGCAGCAGCAGGUUCAGCAGCAACAGCAACAGUUACAGCAGAUGCAACAACAACAACAACAAGGAGGUGGGCAAAGGGGUUAUGAGAACAGCGUUUGUGCUCGGAGAUUAAUGCAAUACCUAUAUCACCAGCGCCAAAGGCCUUCUGAGGGAAGUAUUGUGUAUUGGAGGAAGUUUGUGAACGAGUACUUUUCACCACGUGCAAAGAAGAGAUGGUGUCUCUCUCAUUAUGACAAUGUUGGACAUAACACACUUGGUGUUUCUCCUCAGGCUGCCACGGAAGAGUGGCAGUGUGAUCUUUGUGGUUCUAAAUCAGGAAGAGGAUUUGAAGCAACAUUUGAUGUGUUGCCAAGGCUCAACGAGAUAAAGUUCGCAAGCGGUGUCAUCGACGAGCUUCUCUACCUAAGCGUGCCCUCUGAACGCAGGUUCCCUUCCGGAAUCAUGGUGUUGGAAUACGCAAAGGCCGUUCAGGAGAGUGUCUAUGAACACAUCCGUGUUGUUCGUGAAGGCCAUCUCAGAAUCAUAUUCUCCCAAGAGCUCAAGAUUCUCUCGUGGGAGUUUUGUACUCGUCGACAUGAAGAGCUACUCCCUCGUCGCCUUGUAGCCCCACAGGUGAACCAGUUGCUUCAGGUUGCGGAGAAGUGUCAGAGCACAAUUGAUCAGAGUGGACCAGAUGGGAUCCAUCAGCAGGAUCUGCAAGCAAAUAGCAACAUGGUCAUGGCUGCUGGACGUCAACUAGCGAAAAGCUUGGAGUCACAUUCUCUUAAUGACUUAGGCUUCUCCAAACGCUAUGUUCGGUGUUUGCAGAUCUCUGAGGUUGUAAGCAGCAUGAAAGAUGUGAUUGACUUCUGCCGUGACCAAAAAGUUGGUCCAAUAGAGGCUUUGAAGAGUUAUCCAUAUCGAAUGAAGACGGGGAAGAUGCAGAUGCAGAUGCAGCAGGAGAUGGAGCAAGCAGGUAAUGAUGCUAGAGGACUUCCACCUGAUAGGAACAGUCUCAACAAGCUAAUGGCCUUGCGCAAUAACAACAACAUGAACAACGGUCAGGGAUCUCUUCCAGGCUCUGGGCAAGCCGCCGCGGCCUUUGCUCUUACCAACUACCAGACCAUGCUAAUGAAACAGAACGCGGAGCAAACCAACGCCACGCUCCAGCAAGAAUCAUCAAGAAACAUGAGCCCAUCACCGAGCUAUAAUGGAGCAGCUGGUACUUUGUUAACUGGUUUUGCGCAGAGCCCAUCGAUCAGCGGUGUUUCUUCUCCUCAGAGGCAAAUGCCAAGCUCUAGUUAUAACAGCUCAGCUCAUCAGCAAUACCAACAACAGCAGCAACAGCCUUCCUGUAGUGGCAGUAACCAAGCGAUGGAACAACAACAGCUGAUUCACCAGAUAUGGCAACAGAUGGCAAACACCAACGGUGGCUCCGGGCAGCAGCAGUCGCUCUCUGGUCAGAACAUGGGAAGAAACAGAACAGAUUAUGUGCCCACAGCGGAAACACCAAGCAGUUCCAACAGGUUCAGAGGCAUGAAAGGGCUAGACCAGAGCCAGAGCCAGAACCAGGAAGCUAUGGUCUCUUCUAACAACACAUCAUCACUCAACUUUGGUGAUAACAACGGUUUCUUUAGCAAUGGGGUUGAUGAAAGCAUGGAGUAUCCUUGGAAGGCAUGAUGAGGAGGAGAAGUUGGUAGUUUAGUCUAUGUUUGUCUUUUUGUAAAGAACUGAGAGUACUAAAAGACUUAGAGACCAUCUUUAGGUUAUGUGAAUCUCUUGAGGAGAGUUCUCAUCAAAUGUUAACUUUGUCCACCUGGUGGUGUUGCUGAACUCUUAGAGAAAAGCUUCUGUUUUUAUGAGGUUAUAUUGGAAAAUGUUGACUAA